UCGGACUGCCGGCGCCACAGUCGCCGCAGUUCCCUCCACUGUGGUGGCCCCGAGGCCCUGCGGGGAGUCUGGGGGGUCGACGGGCCGCUCGGACUUGGCGCGGGGUUGGCCACGCCUCUCCCUACCUCGGUGCGGCCUAGACGGUCGGGGCCGCGGGGAAAUGGAGGCUUCUCCUGCCACGGGGGGCUCUGAGACCACUCGCCUGGUGAGCCCCCGAGACCGCGGCGGCGCUGGUGGCGGCCUGCGUUUGAAGAGUCUCUUCACAGAGCCCUCCGAGCCCCUCCCCGAGGAGCCCAAACCCGUGGAGAUGUCCUUCCACCACUGCCACAGGGACCCUCUGCUACAGCCAGGUCUCACCCCUGAGAGGCUGCAGGCGCAGAGGCAGCUGUGUGCCGCCUGUGCUGUGUGCUGCGUCUUCAUGGCCGGGGAAGUAGUCGGUGGGUAUUUGGCGCACAGCCUGGCCAUUAUGACUGAUGCAGCCCACCUGUUGGCAGAUGUGGGCAGCAUGAUGGGCAGCCUCUUCUCCCUCUGGCUCUCUACCCGUCCAGCCACCCGCACCAUGACCUUUGGCUGGCACCGCUCAGAAUGGCCUUUGUGCUGCACCAGGCCGGGCCCCACCACAGCCACGGGUCCAGGGGGGCAGAGUAUGCACCGCUGGAGGAGGGGCCAGGGGAGCCCCUGCCCCUGGGGAACACCAGCGUCCGGGCGGCCUUUGUGCACGUGCUGGGGGACCUCCUGCAGAGCCUCGGGGUGCUGGCUGCUUCCAUCCUCAUCUACUUCAAGCCUCAAUACAAGGCAGCUGACCCCAUCAGCACCUUUCUCUUCUCCAUCUGUGCCCUUGGAUCCACGGCUCCCACCCUCCGAGAUGUUCUCCGCGUCCUCAUGGAAGGUACCCCCCGAAGUGUGGGGUUUGAACCUGUGCGGGAUACCCUGUUGUCAGUGCCAGGAGUUCGGGCAACCCACGAGCUGCACCUGUGGUCCCUUACGCUUACUUACCAUGUUGUCUCCGCACACCUGGCCAUUGCCAUCACCUGCUUUUAGUGCAACAACAUCCUACCUGGCUUCCCUAAUGGUGGGAUGGCUGCUACGCCCAGCUCUUCUGGCACUCAUUCUCGACCCCGCACCGUCACCAGCAAGGUCCCCCCCAGUCUACAGGAUAUCGUCACAGAAUUACACACGCCUACCGAUGCUACACUGGCAACUUCCAACUCUACCCUUCCCACUUAAAGCCCUAAGGUGCACUGACUUACUGGCCCACGGUUGCAGGUCGUUAGUGACAAGUGGCAGGAAUAGGAUGAAGGUGGUCAAGCUCCAAUUGGAAUACCUAUUUUGAGGGGAUUUUCUUCUUCACCAGGAUAGACAGUGAAGAGUUGGGGGAAAUGAUUUUGCAAGGAAAUGGGCAAAUACAUUAGGUCAGACCUCUUUUCACAGGGGAAUAUAUUUAAAGAGUUCAUCCAAGAGUAAGUAAAAAAGAAUGUUAAUAUUUGUAAAGUGCUAGAACAGUGCUUCGCACAUAAUUAGAGCCAUGUUAACUUAAAAAAAAAAUAGAUCAAAUCUCUUAAGUAUCUCAGGAGGAAGGGAGACCAGGAAACUUUAUUUUUUUUAACUUGAUGUGGUUAAUGAUAAUCCCAUGGAGCACAUGAAGCUGUUUCUUAAUGAAUGUGGAAGUCUCAGACGUGGGUGUUUUUUUUAAAGGUCUGUUUUCAUUUCUUGCUGAUAGUCUCUUUUUACUUCCCAGUGUCCUAAGAUCUCCUUUCUGGUUGUAGGGGAAAGAAGUUUAUCCAACUUAGAGCUGUGUUACAAUUAGGAGAGCCAAAGAAAGGGUCAGGGCAGGGACACCUCCCACCACUUAGCAGCUGGGUGGAAUGUGUGUGCCGCUUGGCGGCAAACGCCGCUCCCGCUGAGGACGAGCCUCCCUGAGUUCUGUGGAAAUCUGUGUGUGACAGAUUCCUAGUACUCGGGAAAAUCUCUGAUUUGUUCGAAUAGCGUAAGAAGGGUAACUGAAGUCCUAGAAAGGAGUAGAAGCGUUCUAGAAACGAUACUCUCCUUUCCAACCAACCAGGUCCUCCAGGUACCUGAGGGAGAACGCGUCAGGGUCAGGGGUUUGAAAAGCCUGGGGAGGAUUAACAUUAGGGGGAUUGGAGACAGCUCAGCGACCCCGACGGGCAGGUGAUGUUACACCUAGUCCCACCCUGCUUCAAACAGUGCCUGUGGUUAUGAACUCCUAUUUCUGUUGGACUCUACAUCCAAACCUCUUGGUCUGGCUCAUCAGACUCUCAACCCUAACAAUAUGGAGCAGAAAGGUCCUGCUGGGUCUCGGUGUAUCUCCUCACUGUGCUGCAGACACAGAACUACCACUCCUAUGUUCAAGCUGGAAAGCAAGAUUCUUCACCCUCCUCCCAUCCACCUGGCAAAGCUUGCCCCUUCCUCAGGAACCAGCCCAAACCCCAACUCCGUGGAUCCUUCUGACACCGGGAGACCUGUGCUGCUCUCUUCUGAGAACCAGCUCCCCACACACACCUUAGACUUGUUCUCUGGUUGUCUAGAUCUGUGUGGCUUGUCUCCCCCACUGAUUCUGAAUGCCCUUCAAGCCUGAAAUAACUUUUUCCUUUUUAACAGAAAGGUAAGUUUGAAGUCAAGUGGUCCUGAUAUGUGAAUCCUAGCGAUGUGACUUUGGUUAAGCCACCUGGUAAUCUUCUGAGUGUUCCGCGUCUGUAAAACGGUUGGACGUUUGGCAUAGGA